ACGUCCCUCCAAAUUCAUCCGGUUACUAAGGUGAAAGAAGUCAAAAACGAGUUCGAUGGGCCAAACGGAGAAACCUAAGCCUAAGAAUUGAUGUGUUUGUUACUGACUGGAAAUGGGACGGCUUAGAGAGUAUUGGUGGCGCUGUGUAUUGACUAUAUUACUGUCAUCGAAUUCAUCCUAUUACUGCAAAUCAUGGGCCCUGGAGAAUACGGUGGUUUCGGAGACUGAUGACUUGCUGAUUCGGGAAUUGUUGGAAUCGGCAAGGGAGUCCGACUUCUUCGAAUGGUUAAAAAGGGUUAGGAGAAGAAUUCACGAGUAUCCGGAAUUGGCAUUUGAGGAGCACAAGACGAGUCAACUCAUCAGAGAUGAGCUGGACUCGCUCGGGGUGGAGUACGCCUGGCCAGUUGCUAAAACCGGGGUGGUGGCGACAAUUGGGUCUGGAAAUCGGCCUUUCUUUUCUCUAAGAGCAGACAUGGAUGCCCUUCCUAUUCAGGAAUUGGUGGAUUGGGAGCAUAAAAGCAAAAUCAAUGGUAAAAUGCAUGCCUGUGGUCAUGAUGCUCAUACCACCAUGUUGCUUGGAGCAGCUAGAUUGCUUCAGAACACCAAAAAUAAUCUCAAGGGGACUGUUAAGCUCGUCUUCCAACCUGGUGAAGAAGGUCAUGCUGGCGCAUAUCAUGUCUUACAAGAAGCAGCACUAGAAGGGGUUGAAGCAAUUUUUGGCCUCCAUGUUUCCCCAGAGAUGUUUGUAGGUACUAUCGGUUCAAGACCAGGUCCAAUGCUAGCUGGAUCAGGCAGGUUUUCAGCAAUAGUUCAAGGCAUAGGUGGACACGCAGCAGCACCUCAUAAAACUAGAGAUCCAAUUGUUGCUGCUUCCAUGGCAAUUGUUGCACUGCAGCAGAUUGUUUCUCGAGAAACUGAUCCUCUAGAGGCCAGGGUGGUUUCUAUUGGAUCCAUAGAUGGUGGUCAAGCAGGAAAUGUGAUCCCUGAGACAGUUAAGUUUGGAGGCACAUUUCGGUUCAUGACCUCUGAAGGUUUUUCCUACCUUCGUCAAAGGAUCAAGGAGGUCAUAGAAAUUCAAGCGCACGUAUACCAUUGUACUGCUACUGUUGACUUCAUGGAGGAGAAACUGAGGCCUUACGGACCAACCAUCAACGAUCCUUCAAUGUACAAACAUGCAAAAAGAAUUGGAGACAUCUUACUUGGGGAAAACGGAGUGCAGCUUACUCCAAUGUCGAUGGGGGCUGAGGACUUCAGUUUCUACGGACAGAAAAUGCGAGCUGCAUUCUUUAAGAUAGGGAUAAGAAAUAAGACGAUGGAUUCAAUAAAAGAUAUACACACACCCUACUUUGCCAUAGAUGAAGAAGCUCUUCCCAUCGGAGCGGCUUUUCAUGCUGCAGUUGCAACUACUUACUUGGAUAGCCAUGCUCAGAUUCAAUAGGAGCAUGACCAUUUUCAGCUCUUUCAGAAGAUGGUAAAGGCUGAGACUUGGAAGAAUGUCCUUCCAACUAUGAAGGUAGCCAAUAUAAGUUUGACCAUCAUUCAUGUGUGCUAAAACAGUUUUCGCACAGGCAAUUGUUAUAAUUUAGAUCCAGGAACCCUCGUGUUUCCAAAAAAAAAAAAAUUACUGGUGUUAAUUGAAGUUCAAAACCUUCAAGAUCUCUACUUGUGACAAAGUGGAACAUUUGGUGACUCA